AUGUCCAAUCCAGAACAUGCGUACCAAGAACUUGCCCAAGUCUUCACAUUGAGAGGCAAUCAAGUCCUCGAGAUCGAAAUCAUUCCAUCAAGCCUAGGCUCAUUCCUGCAUGAUGGAAACGCUCUCGGAAUAAGCAAGAAGACACUCGUCGCCGCAUACACAGUCGCGCGACAGCUCUUCAGAGACCUUCCGCCCAAUGAUUUCUCCCAACCCGCCAUCACGGAGAUCAUGCUCCUCUUCGACUGUGAGCACUUGACAGCCUGCAACUGGCGCAAGCGUCGACUCACCGCAGCAACGGUCACAGAAUCCGAGGAGCUGCUCCAAGCCGAGCUCACGCUGAUGACCAGCUACCAGUGCUCCCCGCUCCAUCGCCACACCAAGUCGCCAACACUAUGGCACCACCGACUAUGGCUGCUAGGCCAUAUACUACGAGUGCCUCGGACCCCGAGCGAGCUGUUGAGUAUCCUGCGCACAGAGCUGGAAGUCGUUCAUCGAGCAGGAGAAUUACAUCCGAGAAAUUACUACGCUUUCAGUCACAUCCGCCAAGUGUCUGUUCUUCUAGUCGAGAUGGGCGCAUACUGGGAUCCGUCGAUGAUCGACCGUGUGAUUGACUGGUGUCUGGCUCACCCGCGGGAUAUCUCCGGAUGGAGCUUUGCUGUGUAUAUAUUGGAUUCCUCAACCCGGCAAUCCCAGCUGUCUGCGCUUGAGAAGGUCACUCAAUUUGCACUUGGAGUCGGAUGGGAAGGCGAGAGUCUCUGGACAUUCAUCGCGCAAGCCGCCACUCAGUUCAGCCUUGGAGACUCGGUACUGAGCAUUUUAAUUCCGCCGGGGCAGACAAGCGACAUCUCCCUGGUCCAGUCGGACUCGAAGUGGUCGACGUGGCUAGGGUUGGCGCGGGCAUGUUGGACGCACGACGGCCGUUAG